GUACUUUACAGCAGACUCGCAUUGAAAUGUUAAAGAAUGUAAGAUUUAAAUUUAAUCAAUUGAAAUGACUGACCGAAAAAAGCUACCAACAACAGACAAUCAAGGAGAUAUUGAUAAACAAUUUUUAGAGAAAUCAGGAACUAAUCUGCUAAUAAGGGGAGCUAUUCUGAAAUUGAUACAGAAUCAACCUGAAAAUCCAAUUAACUAUCUAGUUGAAUACUUUGAAAAUGCUGCAGAAAAGUCAAAUAAAGUCAAUAAAGCCUUCCAAAUGAUAAAGCAAACACCAUAUAAUGAAGAGGCGUUUAAAAUAAAUGUUAGAGACUCAUACGAAAUGCUAAUGUCACACAAAAGUUCGAAAACUUCUAUUACUAAGGGAGUAACGGGUAUAUCCUAUACCGAGAUUUUACAACUGUUAUGCAUGCAAGCUUCACAACAAUAUACAGAAAAACUUUUAAGGAAGAUAUAUUGCCGAGAAGCGGAAUAUAUUCCUUUUCAUGUCUUUAGAGAUGGUGUAUUUCUGGCAUGUGUUUUUAUAGAUCACGUUGAACGAAGUCAAAAACUGUUUGAAAAUCUAGACAAAGAAAAUACAGGUCAAAUCGAUAGAGCCAUUGGUGAUGCUUUAUUUAGACAACUUCAAGGAGCUGUUUCCAGAAAACCGGAUGAUGUUCUUGGGUUAGUAGAAGCUUGCUAUGAACUUGGACCCAAUAAAAUAUAUGAUAUUGUCCAAAGAGUAAGUAUUACUAUUUAUAAUACAUUUUUUAUUAACGUUUUUAUUAAAUAACUUAAAAACAAAAACAUGUAUAAUAUAAAUCUAUAGGAGACGUUUGAGGUAAGAUCACCAUAACUUUAAAAAUAAUAGUUCAAUUAUCCUUUUUUUAUCUUGCAUGUAAGAAUUUUAUAAAAUUUUAGAAAGACCAUUUAGCAUUUUCGAAAUCACAUUCCAACCAACUUUCUGUCUCAAUUUAUGCAAAUAAUAUCUAUAUUUUACAGAUACAUCAAGCGGGAGGCUCAAGGUUAAUAUAUAGGAAAGAAGAAUUUGUAGGUAAACUCGUCGAUUUGUUUUUAUCUCAGAUAAAAUAAACUGGUAACUGAUAUUAGAUAAAGUCAUCUCCUUCCGUCCAAUAAAAAAUAUAUCAAUAUAUAAAUGAACUGAUAUCGUAUUAGUGGAUCAAUCUAUUUAAAUGUUACAUUGCUUUUUAUACUUAAGAUUAAACGAACCGUUGCGAGUAGGACAUUUUGUUUCUUAAACCAACUAUAAUAGCAACUUUACUGGUUUCAAGAAAAAAACAAUGAAACAAUAAACUAAACAAGAACGUUUUAAAAAUUAAAUUUAGUUGCUGAUGACUUGAAUCAUUAAAAAUCGUCGCUAAUAUAAUAAAUACUAUAAUAAUUAGUAAAAAUAUAAAGAAAUAAACAUAUAAGUUAGUAAUCCAAGGUAAUGAAUUGCUAUAGGCUCCAGUUAGAAAGCGUUGUAUUUCUGUAACUUCUGAUCGUGUAAUUUUCAUUAAACCGAGGUCAUUUUCCAAUUCAAGAUUCAGAGAUGGAGGUUUACCAAGACUUUUUUCCUUUAAACUCAAAUUUGAUUCAUUAUAAUAACAAUUGGAAUUAGAUUUACUUGUCCAAUUAUUUUUAUUGGUGUUGAAAUAAUCUUUAUGAAGUUGUUUUCCAAAUGUAAGUUUAUUUCUCAAUAAACGAGCUGUAGAAUUGAUUGAUUCUUUCAAGAUGUACCUCUCAAUAGAUUGAGUAAGUAAGUUUAA